AUGCCGCCUCGUAGAGAACCAGAUCAUCAGGAGCUCCCUCAGGCCACAGUAGUCGCACAUUUCCGCGACUACCAUCCAGAAAAGUUUUCCGGCCAAGGAGAUCCUCGUAUAGUGGACGAAUGGGUUCAGGGCCUUGAAAUGAUUUUCGAGUUGAUUCGUGGGAAGUACUAUCCCUCGUAUUACCGAGCAGAUAUGGAGCGCCAGUUCCUGGCACUCAGACAGGGUACUCGUUUUGUUGACGAGUACGAGAGAGAGUUUACCCGAUUCGGAGCCUUUGUACCCGAUCUUGUGAGUACAGAGGCGAACAGAGCCCUUCGUUUUACUGAUGGACUUCUCCCAGCAGUCCGUCACAACAUCGUAGGUCAUGGCGUCCAAACCUACGCCCGCACAGUCGCCAUUGCCAAGGAGAUAGACGCCAGCAUCCGACGAGAAGCUCAUCUGACUUCAGCCCAGCCAGUUGCUCAACCACUUGCCCAGCCUAACGUUACUCAAGCGACAAAGAACCAGAAGGAGAGGAAGUUCAGAGGAGGCCCAGACGACCGGAGGACUCGCCCCAAAAAAAUACCAGCCUGCUCGACAUGUGGAAAACGCCACCGUGGAGAAUGCCUUGUGGGCCAGAACAUUUGUUUCUUUUGUCGCCAGCCCGGCCAUAUCAGCCCCAAUUGCCCAGAACGACUGCAACAACAACCGCAACAACGACAGCCACCGCAGCAACCUCAACAGCAGCAGCCUAGGCAGCAGCCACCACGACCCCAGCAACAGCCACGCAGCAGACAGCAGGCCCGC